AUGGACGAAAGCUGGAUCGCUCUUAUCGUCCCUGUUGGUGUCUGCAUUCUCUCAUGGCUCUGGUCGCUGCUUCUAGCACCACGUUUUAAUGUACACGGCAAGCACGUGCUAUUCACAGGUGCUGAGACUUCACUGAGUCUAGCAAUUGCCAAGAAGUAUAUCAAGAAAGGGGCCAAUGUCUCGCUGAUUGGUCCUUCCAUGGGAUCUUUUCUCAAGGCUGAGCUUCAGAAACUAGCAGGACCCACGGUAUCGAUAUUCAUGUUUGAGUGUGAUCUCGUGGACUCGAAGCAAGUACAAGAAGCCGUUGAAGAGGCCAAUGCAUUCCAUGGACGACCUACGGACCACAUUGUGUACGUCACUAGCACACGUAUGAAGCCAGGAUACUUUUGGGAACAAGAUGUUGCAUUAAUGAAGGAGGCAAUGGAUAUCAAUUACUAUGGUGCUGUUGUCCUACUCAAGGCUGCUCUUCCAGCAAUGAUUGAAGCUAAAACCCGUGGACGUAUUGUAUUUGUGAGCAGUGUGGAUACUUUCAAGUUUCCCAUUGGUAGUGGUGCCUACAGUAGUUCGAUAAAUGCCAUUCGAGGUCUAGCUGACAGCUUGCGUAAUGAGCUGUUGUUGUAUAACAUUUCUGUGGCCGUCUUCUACCCUGGCACAUCGUCGGACAACGUCUUGGACACGUCAAAGGAAUCAAAGGCGUUGAAACAAGCUCCACAGGAAGAUUGCGCAAACGAUAACGACAUUUCAACGGAUUAUUCCACGUUCACGGACCACAGUUCGGCAAGCACAAAGUUAUCCGACAAGGAAGCACAGGUUCUUAUCAAUGGUCUUUGGUUUGGUCAAUAUUCUAUCACGACUACGUGGGAUGGAUUCUUGCUCCGUAUGCUCAGCAAUGGCGUUGCGCCACGGAACAACACCUUCCUGGAGUCCAUUUGUCUCUUUCUCACCGGGGUUUUCUAUUCCACACGUCAAAUGAUGAAGGAGAGAUCUCUGAAGAAGCCUGUUCAUGCUGGCACUGCUGCUUUCGUCUAA